AACAAACAUAUUUAGUUCACAAUUUGCCUCUAUGCAGCCGGUCAUGAGCUCAUUAUAACAAAGAAAGAUUCCCGCCGUUUAUAGCCCAUUAUUUUCGCAGCUAUUCACAUAUUAGAUCUCAAAUAGCGAUUUGACCCUAUACCCUGCAAGGCUGAGUAGCUACUAUUAUGGCAACCGCCGCCAAAAUUCCGGUCAUCGACCUGGCGUCCAAAGACGAGGCGCAGGUUGCAAAGGACCUGGUUGAUGCUGCUGUUGAGCAUGGCUUUGUGUAUAUCAAGAAUCAAGGCAACGACAUUCCGGUGGAUGCGAUAGACGGUGCCUUUGACCUAGCAAGGAAACUGUUUGCAUCCCCGAUGGAGGAAAAGGCCUCCUGCCCCAUCCAAAAAGACAAUCGCGGAUACUCGGGCAUGCAUGUCGAAACUUUGGACCCUGCAAACCAAAGGGUCGGUGACUUUAAAGAGGCCUUCAACUUUGGCGAGUGCAAAGACGGCAAGCCUCAACAACCGCUCCCGCCAGCCCUCACCCCGCACGCUCAUCAAAUCGGCGCCUUCUUCGACUACUGCUACCGGCUGGCCCUGAGGCUCAACACGCUCCUCGGCAUCGGUCUGGCGACCGACCCGCCGAGCUUCUUCCGCGACGCGCACCUCCGCGAGCGCGGGCCCUCAGGAAGCAUCCUGCGUAUGCUGCACUAUCCACCACUCGGCGAUGCAGCGGGAGCAUCGGCCGACGACGUGCGGGCCGGCGCACACUCGGACUACGGCAGCCUGACGCUGCUGUUCCGCCUGCGUGGCCAGGCCGGGCUCGAGAUCCUGACGCCCGAGGGGAGCUGGGCGCCCGUGCCCGUCACGCCGCCCGGGACCGAGGACGACCCGUCCCCGCCUAUCCUGGUAAACAUCGGCGACCUCCUCAGCUACUGGACGGCGGGCCUGCUGCGGUCCACGGUGCACCGCGUCGUGUUCCCCGUCGCCGGCGGCGCCGAGGGUGAGACGGCGGUGGACCCGAGGUACAGCAUGGCAUUCUUCUGCCACCCGGUCGGGAACGCAGCGCUGGAGCCGGUGCCGAGCGAGAGGGUGCGGGCCGAAGGGCUAAAAGCUGCUGCUAGAGAGGGGAACCCGCAUGCGCUAAAGAAGGAUGAGAUCUUGACCGCAGACGAGCACCUGCAGAUGAGGUUGCGGGCGAGCUAUGCCGGGCUGUAUGGUGAUGAGGGUAAAAAACGAUGCCAGUAAUCCGGCUGACGAUGGAAGGUCUUUUGUGUGUUGGCGAUGUAUUGUUAGCUGCAAGGAGCAACCUUGCAUGCUGUGCUACCUACACCUCCCCUGCGUGGCCCCGUGCUGCAGUUUAGUGAAUAAUAAAAACUUCAAACUACCUCGAGACCUCCAAGUGCCGGUUGUACCUCACGGGUAUGAAGUAUCUAACGCCGGUUAUCUC